AUGGCAGAAGAUUACAGAACUUUUCUCCUGGGUGUAGGGACGGGUGUUCUUACCAUUGUGUUUCUGCAAAUAUCAGCUGUCCUUUUUGGCCUUAGGAAGGUUGUCUAUAGGAAGAAGUAUGCCGACACGUACCACAAAGAUGUGUUUGAUGACCCACCGAGCGAGCUAGUGAGCCUCCUUAGUAUAGCCACCAAAGAGUGCGCAGAUCUAGCAUGGCUCAACAUCUCUCUGCAGCGGUUCUUCUAUGAGCUCACAAAAUCAAGCACGUUCUACGAGAAAGUCAAGACAACAAUGGUGAAGAAGCUGUCAAUUGCGUUCUCCAGCGGGAUACUGAAGAGGAUCAGAUUCAAAGACGUGUCCUUUGGAAGCGAAGCGCCGUACAUUAAAAGCAUUAGAGUGCUUUCCAAAACAGAGAUCGACAGAAUACUGUCAAAUAAAAAUAAAGAAGGAGAAGAAGAGACAAGCAAGCCUGGAUAUUUUAAACAGGUGUAUCUUCUUAUAAAGAUAGACUAUACAGCAAAAGACAACUGCAUAUACAUCGAUGCUGAUCUGAUCAAGGGAUACUCCAUUCCAAUCAUGGUCAAGCUGCUUCCAUUCAAGGGCGAUCUGCUGCUCAGAAUGCCUGCAAAUAAUUACUCAACGAGAUUCGAGAUAUCUUUCAUCAAAAACCCGGGGUUUGACUUUUCAGUUGACGCAGCCUUCUCGAAAAACGACUCUGUGUUUUUCUCCAACUCGCUCAGCCACAUCAUCAAGCGAAUAUGCAAGUAUGUGGCGAAGAUGUACGUGUUUCCUAACUGGUACUACUACUAUCUCCCAAUGGUCGUGUCAAGAUCAAAAGUCAUACAGUACUCCUACUAUCCCGUGGUGGAGGAGAGCAUAGAUGGGCCAAUGCAGCAGGUGCGCGAGAUACAGAACCUUUUCAGUCUCGACUACAGCAUAACGUCAAAAAAAGGAAAUAUUAUCUACAGAAAAACAAAGAGCACAGUGAACAUGUCAAACAUUCCAAUGGAGCGGGCUGAGAUAGAGAUACCCAUCAACAAAAUAGGAAUAAUUGACGAGCUGUUUAACCACGCGUCUGAUCUGGACAUUUUCUCAGAUGUAAUCAGCGACUACAAGAAGACAAAAAUCAUACAGAAAUACGGGCCAGGCGUGGACAAGGUGCACAUCAUCAUAGGAAACAGCGUGUACGAGUUUAUCCGAAUAAUAGUUGACGACCUCAUUAUAUUCCAGCUCGCCAACCCAGAAGAGCCGCAGUUCAUUGCAAUAAGAAGAGAGCCAUACCACAUCACAAUCAUACAGUACGUAAAUACAUCAGAGCCAUUCUACCUCGGGAAGUUCAGAAUAACAAAACUAGCAAAAAAGCUUGAAAAACAGGAGAUGACAUUCCUGGGCUCCACCAAGCUCUUCAAGUUCCUCGACUACUCUGUGAAGCAGGCAGAAAGAACCACAAAAAUAUUUAAGAACAAAAGCAAAAAUAAAAAUCCACCCACAAACCCCAAUAAAAACAUCGUGAAAGAUAAACACAAAGAGAAAUACAUCUCAGACGGAUAUCCGAGCAACAUGGAAGAAGUUACAUCAGAAGUGAGUAUAAUCGAGUCGCACUUCAAGACAAUAGAAACAAAGCUGCAAAAUACGCACCAGAGCGACCACUAUCGAAUAGACCUGCCGUAUACAUCAGAAGAGCUGAAAGAGGCUCUGGAUGAUUCCCUUGUGAGAUCUGCUGUGCUUGGAUGUUUUACGAUUAUGGAGGACAUUCUCCUGACAGACAGCAUAAGAAACACCUCCAUGGCGCAGUCUCCGUCAGGGCAGUAUGUGCAGCUGCUCAGCUACAGCAGCAGAGAGAGCGAUCUGAUAAUCGAGCGGAUUCUUCUCUCAGAGGAGUACCAGGGCGUAACUGCAGCCAUUAAAAUAUUUGCAGGAUAUUUGGAGAUAUUCCUGUUUGGAUCAGAAGUGAGCAAAGUGUCGUUUAGUGUGUUUACCAAAUUAAUAACAGCCUCUGUGAAGAGCAGGGAGCUCAUUUCUCUUCCCGCCGUAGAGAUACCGAGAGCACACUCUUCCACACUCCACAAAACAGAAGGAAUAGUGCUCGCAUCAGACACUCCUGUGCUCUGCAGUGUAACCAUAGAAGUAGAUGCAGAGAUACUGUUCAAUGAAGAGGUGUGCCUGAAAGACCCGUUCAUCUUUUCAUUGGGCAACGGAAAUAGCCGUCCACUGAAGAUAAACAUAAAAGCAAAAAAGAAAUCAAAACUGUCGAUAAGGCAGAUACCGCAAAAGGAAAUAAAAGACGAAACAAUAAAAAUACACGCUAUAAAAACAAAGAAGACUGAAAAAAGAGAUGACGCCAGCAGCGACAGCGGUGUAUCAUCCGAUGAACGCACAGACAGUAACAGCAUGGAUGACAGCAGUGGCAGCAAUGAGAGUGAUGGAAAUAUGUCUAGCAGAAGCAUGGCCACCAGCACCAGAAGCAUCGAUACUGUGCACAGCAAUGAGACUGGAAGUAUGCAUAAUAGCAACGAACUAUACCCAGGUGGCAUGAGUAAUAGAAGCAACAGCACUAUUGUCACUCUCAAUAGCAGCAGCACGCCCGCAGACAAGAAUGUCUCUCUGCUCUAUGCCCAUAUAGAGGGAAACAUCUCCAUUAAGAAAAAAGGAAAAAUGGUUUUUCCAAAGUCCAAGGGUCUGAUCUACUGGAACAGCCCCUGGUCUACAGUCGAUAAAAAUAAAAACGAAGAGGCUUUCCUUAUCAAUGGAAAUGGAUACAUGAUCAGUGAGGAAGAGAUCCAGCUGUUUUGGAAAAACAACGAGGGAAAAGACGUAGUAAAAAAACUAGCAAUGGGAUACAUAUGCAAAUUACAGAACAAUGCUCCAAUAGAAUAA